CUGAAGUGCUGCAGCGGGAGUUUUUCGUGCGUAAACAGGAUAGGUUGUUCUCCAAAUUCUUAGGAGUUGUUCUACACUUUCAGACCGAGCAGUUUAUUUGGAGGUAGUGUCCUGGGUGGAGUUUUCUUUGCCUCCGCAAGAGUCCCUGCGGUGCACGGAUUACAAUGCAAAGGAUUUUGGAGGUUUGGGUCACCUUGGUGACAGUUUCUGCGAUGACCAAGGGGGUCUUUGGAGGAUACGGGCUCAGCAUGUUUGCGGCGCAGUCUUCCCCUCCAGACCCGUGCUAUGAUGAGAACGGGAACCCGCGGAGGUGCAUCCCCGACUUCGUCAACUCCGCGUUUGGCAAGGACGUGCGCGUAUCCAGCACCUGCGGCAACCCCGCCGCCAGGUACUGCGUGGUGACCGAGAAGGGAGAGGAGAGGACCAGGGACUGUCACACGUGCGACGCCGGGGACCCCAAGAAGUCCCAUCCACCUGCGUAUUUAACAGACCUCAACAACCCCCACAACCUCACCUGCUGGCAGUCUGAAAACUACGUGCAGUAUCCGCAGAACGUCACCCUCACCUUGUCGCUUGGGAAAAAGUUUGAGGUCACCUAUGUGAGCCUGCAGUUUUGCUCACCGAGACCUGAGUCGAUGGCGAUCUACAAAUCCAUGGACUACGGCAAGUCGUGGGUCCCCUUUCAAUAUUAUUCCACUCAAUGCAAGAAAAUGUACAACAGGCAGAAUAAAGCAGCAAUUACCAAGCAGAACGAGCAAGAAGCCAUCUGCACAGACUCCCACACGGACAUGCACCCUCUGACAGGUGGACUCAUCGCCUUCAGCACUCUGGACGGCAGACCGUCGGCGCACGACUUCGACAACUCCCCGGUGCUGCAGGACUGGGUGACGGCCACCGACAUCAAGGUGAUCUUCAGCCGGCUCCACACUUUCGGGGACGAGAAUGAGGACGACUCGGAGCUGGCCCGAGACUCCUACUUUUACGCCGUGUCCGACCUCCAGGUCGGUGGACGGUGCAAGUGCAACGGGCACGCUUCAAAAUGCGUCAAGGACAGAGAAGGGAAUCUGGUUUGUGAGUGCAAACACAACACCGCGGGACCGGAGUGCGACAGGUGCAAACCUUUCCACUAUGAUCGACCCUGGCAGCGCGCCACGGCCAGAGAAGCCAACGAGUGUGUCGCCUGCCACUGUAACCUGCACGCCCGCCGCUGCCGCUUCAACAUGGAGCUGUACAAGCUGUCGGGCCGCAGAAGCGGUGGCGUCUGCCUCAACUGCCGGCACAACACGGCGGGACGCCACUGCCACUACUGCAAGGAGGGUUACUACAGGGACAUGACCAAGUCCAUCUCUCACCGGAGAGCUUGCAAAGCAUGCGACUGCCAUCCAGUCGGAGCGGCAGGGAAGACGUGUAACCAGACGACGGGCCAAUGCCCCUGCAAGGACGGAGUGACAGGAAUCACCUGUAACCGCUGUGCCAAGGGCUACCAGCAGAGCCGCUCUCCCAUUGCCCCCUGCAUCAAGAUCCCGGUUGCAUCUCCAACAGCGACUUACAGCAGCUACGAGGAGCCGUCAGAUUGCGAGUCUCACUGUAAAGCAUCCAAGGGAAAGAUGAAGAUCACCAUGAAGAAGUACUGUAAAAAAGACUACGCUGUUCAAGUCCACGUUCUAAAAGGAGACAAGGCGGGCGAGUGGUGGAAGUUUACUGUCAACAUCAUUUCGGUCUACAAACAAGGUGAGCACCGCAUCCGCCGCGGGGACCAGCUGCUGUGGGUGCGCGCCAAGGACGUGGCCUGCAAAUGCCCAAAGAUCAAACCCGGGAGGAAGUACCUGCUGCUGGGUACAGACGACGAUUCCCCCGGGCAGAGCGGCGUGGUGGCGGACAAGGGAAGCCUGCUCAUCCCUUGGAAGGACCUGUGGGGCCGCCGGCUGAGGAAGUUCCAACAGCGUGACAAGCGGGGAAAGUGCUAAAAGUGGCUGGAGAGGAGAGCGAGAGAGAGAUUGAGUGGAGAUUCAUCUCCGCUGGGAUGAAUGCAAGGAGGAGGAGAGGAUGAAUGGAAAAAAAAUAAACUGGAAGAGUAUAAGAUAGAACGACACAGGUGAAAAGUAGGAGAGAUGGAGGAAUGACUGAGUGCUGCUGCUCUGAGGUGGAGCGAAGAGUUUAGUGUUUUUUAGGAACUUUUGUGAAGGAGCUCAUUCUACAGUUGUUCCGUCUCUGUUCGUCUUUCAAGGUCUGUUUUGUUGUGUAAUUGCAGAGUUUGCACCUAAUGUUACAGAUAUGUCACAUCCUGCCCAUUUUACCCAUGAUGCCGUUGUUUUUCAUAGUCCCUUGUGCAGUUGUUGUUAAGAGCAAUGCAUCUACUGUAUCACCGUUUUGUAUUUGAAGAGGAUCUAUUUCCACUGUGCCGUGUAGAGCAUUAUCUAGUUAAAUGAAGAGACACUGCAUGGCAUUGAGGGACUCCACUCAUGUAUGAUACGUUGCUCUUGUAACCUGCCAAACUUCGGAUAAACUUUUUCAACAGCUGAAAGUGGAGAAUUGUGAAAUUAUUCCUAACUGUGGAAAACGGAACAGGUGCCAUUUUGCCCGAGAGCUCCCCGCUCAUAUGUGAGUGUUACCUCAGUGAAACAACUCGUCUCGUGGGAACAAAAUGCCAUAAUGAUCCUCUGCUCGUUCUGUAUAAUGAUCACCUCUCGCAACACAAGCGAGUCUUCGCUAUUGAUAUAUCGACAGUAUGUUGUGGCUGUGACCUCUGCAAUGUACAGUAACCAUACGUGCAUACAUAGGCAUUAUUUUAGUAGGUGACGCCGUAGCAUCAACUAGAUGUAGAGUAGACAUACAUGUCAACCAUGCACUUAUUUUUACUAGUCGAAAGUUUUUGAACAUAUGAGAUAUGUUCACGUUUUUAGACUUGCAUCCAAAAAGAGCGAAAAACCCCACAUAAUGCAAAAAAGCUGUGUAGUUCAAGCCCCGCUCACCUCACUGAUGACUGUUGUGUGUGUGGACUGAUGCUUCUGGUUAACAGUGUUGUCACAGCUACUCACAAUUUAGUGUUUAUUUUCUAAUAAAGGAUUAAACGUAAGUUGGAUGUCCCAAACGUCUGCAAGUGAGAGAACCGAUGGAGCGAAACCCCCCUCACUUCUUUGACAAAAAAAAGAGAAUACCGACCUAUCAAGCAGUCCUCAGACCACUGACGUAAUGCAUGCUCACUAUUUACUGUAGCUGAUUGAUAGCUAACAACGAUUGUGAAUUAUGUACACAUUUAAUUUGUAUACAGUAUUCAGUGUUGUGGGAAAUAACCUGUGGAGUGAUGAAAUAUCACACAUGUUUAUUGUACAGUGCGUUCAGCACGCUGUGUCAAAUGUUCGUCACCUCUAAGUGACUUUUUGAGGAAUGGAUUCCAUUAUCAAGACAGGUACUCGACUAAAAGGCAUGAGCGAUUGUCUACAUGUUAUAUAGCUGUAUAGUAUUACUUUUUUUUGUUAUUAACUAGAGCUAUCAUCAUGUGAACUUAACCAGAGUUUUAAAUACUAGAGGCUUAAUAAAUGGAAAGACAAAUAAAUGAAUGUCAGAGCAACGUCUCAUGUUUACAUGAGCACCCAGAGGAUCGCACACUCUCUCCCACACUGAGAGCGAGGCUGUGACUCAGUUCACACGUGCACAAAGCCACACGCAGCACACACACACACACACACACACACACACACACACAAACACACACACACGCAUGCAGGAACCGCACCCAAAUACACGCAUGUUCACAAACACACACACAGAAAUAGGAGGGUACACCUCAGUACUCUGUGCAUCAUACUGUAUGUCUUUGAACACUACAACGCACUUCUACAGUCUCUGCCAACACAUCUGUACCAACACACCUGCAGGCAUUUGCAGAGAGGUACUCCCUACCAGACCUCUGCUCUCCAUAGUUAUUAUAUCUGCAUAAUUAUCUCUGCUCAUGUUUAUACAUUGGCUUGUAAAUGUUGUUUAGCAGUGUCCAUUGCAAAUGGUUGUGUAAUGUCUUGUAAUACUAAUAUAUUAUGUUUAUCACAAAUGAAUAUAUUUAAUGACACAUGAAACAAUGUGGCUUUUGUGGUUUUUAUUAUUGAUCUUUUAUUUUCUACUUUUUGCAUUGAAUUGUA